GCUUGUUUCAUAGCCAUGGAUUAGUCGGUUGACAGGAGUAGCGUGGCGUGAGCAGUCAGGCGUUGCAGGGAAGUGCGGAUAUCGCUCAAUGUGCAAGAUUGUAGGCAACAGUGAGUUGAAAAUACUGUGCAAUACGUCCAAAGUGAGAAGUGGAACUGACCCCAAAGAUCAGACAUCAUUACAUACAAGGUAGCUUACAAGUUGUAUUUACCCACCUGGCUGUGUUGACGCGAUGGACGGGUUGUUUGUUGCUGCUUUGGACGUGGGCACAACAACUAUUCGCUGUCACAUUCUUGACGAAACCACAUCGGUAGUUGGUACAGCUGUCAGACAGGUGGAGCUACUGUAUCCAGAGCCGGGCCACGUGGAAAUCGACCCCGAAACGCUGUGGGAUGCAGUUCUUGGCGUCCUCAAGGGUGCUCUAACAGACGCUGGCUUGUCAGCAGCGCAGCUGGUUGCACUGGGCAUAUCAAGCCAACGAUGCACAUUCAUCACGUGGGACCGGGAAACUGGCCAGCCCUUCCACAACUUCAUCACGUGGAAAGACGUUCGUGCAGAUUCCAUCGUACGGCAGUGGAACGACUCGUUCUCCAUGAAGGCGAUGCGGUUCGGCGCCCGCCUGUUGUACACGGUGAGCCGGAGCAGGCGCUACCUCGCCGCCAGCGUGCUGCGGCUCAUGAACACGCAGGUGACGCCGCGGCUGCUGUGGGCGCUGGAGCGCGUGCCGGCGCUGCGGCGGGCGGCGUCGGCGGGCCGCGCGCUCUACGGCGGCGUCGACUCGUGGCUGCUGUGGCGGCUGACGGCCGGCGCCGCGCACCUCACCGACCACAGCGCCGCCGCCGCCACCGGCUUCUUCGACCCCUUCAUCGUGCAGUGGUCCUCCCUGGCCGAGGGCUACUUCGGCAUUCCCGCCGCAAUGCUGCCCCGCGUCUGCGAGGCCACCGCGGACUUCGGCUGCACGGCGCCGGACAUACUGGGCGCGGCCGUCCCCAUCCGAUGCCUCAUUGCUGAUCAGGCAGCAUCAACAUUUGGGUCAUGCUGCUUUAGCAGAGGGGAUGCAAAGGUUACUUUGGGUACUGGAACAUUCCUUAAUGUAAAUACUGGACAAACACCACAUGCAUCUGUAGCAGGAUUAUAUCCACUUAUUGGCUGGAAACUGGAUGAUGAAAUUACGUACAUAGUAGAGGGGGCUUCAAAUGAUACAGGAUCCCUAAUUAACUGGGCACAAACUGUUGGUUGGUUGAAAAGUCCAGAGGAAUCUGAACAGCUUGCGACAUCUGUUAAGGAUUCAGGUGGAGUUUUCUUUAUACCCGCUUUCAGUGGACUGCAGGCACCAGUGAACAAUCCUCAAGCAACUGCAGGAUUCCUUGGUGUAACUCCCCAAACAGAAAGAGCACAUAUAGUUAGAGCCAUUUUGGAAAGCUUAGUUUUCCGAGUGCUGCAGUUAUAUGAAGCACUGAAAGAAGAGGCCAAUUACACAUGUACUAGUAUACGAAUUGAUGGUGGUGUGUCGCAAAACACAUUUGUGGCUCAACUGCUAGCUGACCUGACAGGUGUCAAAGUUGAACGUUCAACAACAGCAGACACAUCAGCAUUGGGGGCAGGUUUCCUUGCUGGACUUGCUGCAGGUGUGUGGAAGUCAAAGAAUGACCUCUGCAAACUUAGGAAAGUCAGAGAUGUUUUCGAGCCGAGGCAAGAAGUACGACGAAGAUAUGAAAGCACUUUAGCUCGCUGGAGAGAUGCUAUGGAACGUUUCUUAGAUUGGUAUCCAUUACCAAGCAAUAAAUAGGCUGUGAUGUUUUGUCCGUCUGCAAUAUGUUGUGCUUCCCACAUUAUAACUUCCAGGUGACAUGUAACUCAGACUGAAUAAUUUUACACUGCCAUGAAGAUGUGAAUUAUUUUUGAUAAUGCAGAUUGAAUAGUUUUAAAAUAUUAUGUAAAAAAACAAACUAUUUUUCUACACUAAUAAUCAUCUGGAGGUCUGGUAUUUUAUAUUUUAUGUGACACACUUUGAUGAAUUUUGUGGAGGUUAGUACAGUACAAACCAAAUUAUUGAAUUUGCUGGUACUGAAAAUCUUAAAAAUGUUAUGCCAAUUAUGAGAUUUACACAGUCCACUCAAAUCAUUUAUGUUUUGUUUGUGUAAAUAAAUCAUUAAAUGCUGUUGGUCAUCAGAUAGGAAGCUUUCAAAGGAAAGGAACACUUCCUGCUGCUCUGAUAGUACUGUAAUGUCCACAUGCUUUGUGUAGUGGUAUACUUCUUAGUACAUGACUGGUUCAAAAUCUCCUGCUGGUAGGAAUAUACAUAAUCUAAAAACACAGUGAAUUCUGGUUAGCAACUGUGAAAGGAAAGAUGUAAUAAAAUGACACUGUACACCAUGUGUUCCUUCAUGCAGUUUCCUGGUUGUUUACUUGAUAAACAUGUGAGUUAUAGUGACAUAUAUAUCUUAAAGUAUGAGAAUGGAUUUAUUUUUCUUAUAUUUGCCCCUUUUGCAUUGAGCAAAAGACUCUCGAAAUGAAAAUAGUCUUUUAGUAAGCUUAAAUAAACAGAGUGAAGUAGUAUUGUGCCAUACAUAUUUUCUGUUGAAGCCCAAAAGAUGAUUAAAUAGUCCAAGUACCAGUGAUAAACUGAAAAUGAUAAGUAUAACUUUAUUGUUUUUAGCCUGAUGUUUUAUAUUUACAGUUCGACCUGGACCAUAUUUUAACUAUGUCUACUUACUGAGAGCAAGAAUUAGUAAUGAUUGUUUAAUGACAAUAUUACCUGUUAGAUUUUCAUUCACUAGAAGAGUAUUUUAUGUAUUUGUUUAACUGUGACACACUUUUUGUUACAUAUGUUUGUUCACUUUGGAGCAUCCGUUUUUGUCAUUGUUAAUUUCUGCAUAUGUGAGUGCAAAUGUGUGCUAGACAAGUUUCACAAUUAUUGAAUAUUUUAUAUGCCUUGUUGAAUAUGCUCCAUAAUAUUUAUGGGGCUUUUGGGUGUUUUUAAUUGAAUCAAAUUAAGAUUUUUCCAUCUUGCUCAUUACUAUGUUUAUCUUGAUUUACAUGUGUGACUGUAAAAUUUUGAUGAAUGAUUUAUUAAUCACUAACAAUGUUUCAUUCUUUGUAGGUACAGCAAUGGCUGAAUUUGUUUAUGUCUUGACAUUAACAUAAUUAAGUUUCGUCUUAAAAUGUUUUGUUGAGGUGAAAUAAAAUUCAGCUGUCAGCAUAACUGCAAAAACGGAAAUGUGAACCAUUGUAACUGACUAAUGAAUUUUUCAAGCAACUGGAGUUGGUUUCAUAAUACCGUAUUGCUCAUUAUUGUUGUUGUUAAUAAAAAUAAGACAGUAUUUUUCUCGUUUAUACAUCUUUGUUCUUUGAUAUUGUUAUACUUGUUUACAGAAUAAAAAAAUAUCUUUAUUU